GAAAGCAGAAUAACAUUUUUUUGCAGUGUUGUGUACCCUGACAUAAAAUACCUUAAAAACAUUGCAAUGGAAUUAUUAAGCGCUAACUUUGGAAAAAACAUCACCUUUGUUCGUCCUGCAUAUUUCAUAAUAAGUGGAUUUAUUGGCUUACCUAACAUGAAGUACUACUAUGUCCUUCUUUUUUUUGCCUUCAUCAUUUCCAUUUUUGGAAACACUGCUGUAAUGUCUUUGAUAUAUCUGGAUCCAAAUCUUAAAACUCCUAAAUUUGUUGCAGUUUUUAACCUUGCAUUUGUGGACCUGUUAGGUAGCACUGCUCUGGUACCAAAAGUGAUUGAUAUAUUUCUAUUUAAUAACUAUUCUAUCACAUAUCGUGACUGCUUGACAUUCUUUUUUUUCUGCUACUCUUUCCUUUCAAUGCAGUCUCUUAAUUUGGUUGCUCUAUCCUAUGACCGACUGAUGGCCAUCAUGUUUCCUCUUCGCUAUCAUGUAAAGGUUACACAUAAGAAUAUGUUGUCCCUGAUAUUGUUUUUCUGGUUAUUUGUUUUUAUUUCUAACUUAGUGGCAGUUGGUUUUCUCACAAGACUUUCGUUUUGUAAAUCUGUAGUUAUCAACAGCUAUUUCUGUGACUACGGUCAGAUUUUCCGACUUGCUUGUAAUAAUUACUUCCCCAAUUUUGUCAUAGGUCACAUGAUACCAUGUUUUGUUCUUUGGCUUCCUCUUGGGAUAAUCUUGUUUAGUUACAUCUCCAUUGGACAUGCCUUAGCUAAAGUAGCUACAUUUGAAGAAAGAGUUAAAGCCUUUAAAACCUGCACUGCUCACCUUUCUUUAGUGGCAAUCUAUUAUUUUCCUAUAUUAAUCACAUUUGCUAUGUAUGGAAGAAUGCAUCAAAAUGCAAGAAUUGUAAACCUGUCUAUACCUGCUGUGGUUCCACCCAUGUUGAAUCCAAUCAUUUAUGUUUUACAAACCCAGGAAAUUAAGUUAUCAAUAAAAAAACUUAUAAAAAUCAAGAGGAAGCCAAAAGUUACAGUAAAGUAAGAAAUUUCAAGAAAAGUUAAAGAAGUAAGUUGUUUUGCUUUUAUUUUGUUAGGAAUGAUUGCCAGGUUAAUAAGUAUCCUUUUGUUUCCCCUUUUGCUAAUGUUUCUGCAUUAUAUGUGUAAUGCUAAAGUGUUGAUUACAUAAGUGAAGGUGAGUUAGGAUUGAACGUGAAUAUUUAAAUGUUUAGUUCUAUUCAAACUUUUCUAAAAACCAAAUUGGAAAAAAGAUCUUUUGAUAUACUGAAGCUUUUGAUAAAAAAAGGUUAGUUCAAAUGUCAUUUACUGCAUUUUCCCAUUGUUUGAAUUGUUACAUUUCGAAAAGAUUCAAACAAUUCACAAAGCCUUUUUAAUGAAUAACUGCCUUUGUCAGCUAUAAUUUCCUUUCUGUCCCCUAAUAUUUUACAACUUUACACGAACCAGAGUUAAUUUCUCCCCUUAAGCUAGACCUAACAUGUGUCUUGUAAAUACUCUAAUUUAACAAUAGUUGAAACUUACAAUGAAGCACUCAUUAUUCAUGUUUAAGCUCUACAGCAUGCCAAACAUGCAAAAAAGUAAUGGAAAUACAGGAGUGCCAUUAAGUUUUCUUUCCGAGUGCCAACUGAUCAAAGCUGGCAGUCAUAGAAUAUUACAAGUACCUAGUUCAAAAUCCAUUCAGUCU